AUGGUCCUUCCCUCUUAUACGCUCGCCGUGGCAUCAAUUGCCGCCGGCUUCGCCGAGGCUGGACCUCUGAGCCUUGGUGCCUCUGCCGAUUUCGGGCCUUCUUCCCUCUUUGAGAAAAUCAAUGUUCCCUCCCAGUGGAAGUUAUCCGGAAUUCCCAACCCUGAUACCAUGAUGAAGAUGCAAAUCGGGCUUAAGCAAAAAGACAUGGCCGGUCUCCGGAAGAAGCUCAUGGACAUUUCAAACCCCAAAAGCGCCAACUAUGGAAACUGGCUUUUGAAAGACGAGCUAGAGACUUUCACUUCCCCUUCCGAAGAGAGCGUCAAGUCAGUAAAGACCUGGUUGACUUCAUUCGACAUAGAGGAUGACGCCAUCAGCCGGCCUACCCCUGACUGGCUAGAAGUCAAUGUUCCCAUCAGCCCGGCCGAAGGCAUGCUUAGAUCCAAGUAUGGCAUGUAUAUCAACGAUGCCGCGGGCCGGUCCAUCGUACGGACAACUGAGUAUUCUAUCCCCGUAGGUCUUCACCGCCACAUCGACACGUUUCAGCCUACUACAGGUUUCAACCGAAAUGGAGGCGCUCGCUUAAGCAAGGAAAUUCAAGCAGAUCCAGCAAAGAGGAAGCGGCAAAACGGUUGCAGCUCCGGACACAUCACUCCCUCUUGCAUUCGAAGCUACUACAAUGUCGACCACACCUCACAAGGCAGAGCAAGCCUUGCAGUCACGGGUUUCAUCGAGUAUUCCGUCAGUCACGACGACGCUGCCCAGUACCUCAGCAGCUACCAGCCGUCUGCCGAGGGAGCCAACUUCCAAGAUGUUUCCAUUUCCGGAUUCACAAACAACCCCAACAAUGCUACAGUCGAAGGCAACUUGGACACUCAGAUCGCCUUGUCUCUCGGCUACCCAAACACCGUGGCCUAUCUUGCGGUUGGUCCUGUUUCAGGCCAAGUCUGGCGCGAACCGUUCGCAGACGAGCUCAUCAACUUCGGCAACUACCUCAACUCUGUCUCCGACCCGCCCACUUCCGUAUCUACCUCAUACGGCGCAGAAGAGCAGGCCCUGUCCUCAAACUACCUUGACCGUAUCUGCAACGAGUUCAUGAAGGCCGGCUCAAGGGGCAUCUCCAUCUUCUUCGCCUCGGGGGACUUUGGCGUCGGCGGCAACGGCCAGCAAAACUGCAACAGCGGCUUUUAUGCCCUCUUCCCCGCGUCAUGCCCCUACGUAACCUCGGUGGGUGCCACUCAGUUCAGCAACGGCGACGAGGUUGCUGCUGCUUUCCGGGCAACGGCUCGACAGGAGUCAGCCGAUACCGCAGCCUAUGCCCAGGACCACCUCGACUCUAGCUACGACGGCUACUACAAUCCCAACGGACGCGGCUACCCCGAUGUGGCCCUAGUUGGCGAGAGCUACGACAUCGUUCUCAACGGCAGGGUCGACUCUGGCGCGUACGGCACUUCAGCCUCCUCUCCCGCGUGGGCCGCUCUCGUUUCGCUCAUCAACGACCAGCGCAUCGGACAGGGCAAGGCGCCCUUGGGAUUCCUGAACCCGCUCCUUUAUUCCAGCGGCCGCUCCGCUUUGCGCGACAUCACUGAUGGCAACAAUCGAGGGUGUGGUACUGAUGGUUUUCCCGCGGCUCAGGGCUGGGACCCUGUGACUGGUUUGGGGACGCUCGACUUCUCCAAGCUUACGCGGGCUCUCCCAUAA